AUGCUUUUGUUCUCAACGGAUUCGGAUCAAACCUUGGCAGGCGGUUGGGAAAUUGUGAAAAAAAGUUUUAAAAAUUGGGAAAUUUAAAGUUUUUUGAUGACUUUUAAAUAAAAAAACUUUUUUUGAUUGAUUUUUUAGAAUAAAAAUGUUUUAUUAUUAAUAUUAUCAUGCUUGAGGUUGUAUAUUGAUUAUGUUUAAUUUCAGCACCGCCAGCCAACACAGAAGAAACUCAAAAUUUACCAGUCGAACAUCCGGAAGAGGCCAAUAUUGAGAAGGGCUACGAGAAGUAAGAAGACUUUGAAGUAUUAUUUGCUUUUUGAAAUUUUGAAUUUACUCUUACAGUAAGAAAAUGGGGAUCUUUUUGAAAAUGGGGUUUGUUGUAUAUGCAACUAGUAACGGGGUGGUAUUUUUGGUAUAUGGAGGAGGUUAACAAUUUAUGUGGUUUUUUUGUACGGCGAAAGGGAGUCGAGUGCGAAAGGUAGAGUAGAGUGAAGGAGAAGUAUUGAAUAUCCUAGAUUGGGGUAGAGCAGCUUAAACUAUUUAGUUUAGAAUGAGAUGAUUUAAGGUAGGGUCGAACCAGAAAGACAGGACAGUUUAGGAUAAUGUAGAACAGGCUAAGAUACUGUAAUUUAUAAGUUAAAAAGGUAAAGUUGAGCUAUUGAAUAAUUUACGGUAGGGCGGAGCCGUUUAAAGUAGUGUAGGUUGAGGUACGGAAGGUUAGAGUAGAGAGAAGGAGAGCUAUCGGGAAUGGUAGGACAUCUCUACUCUACAGGGUAGUGUAGGGUAGGGUAGAGUAGGGUAGGGUAGGGUAGGGUAGGGUAGGGUAGGGUAGGGUAGGGUAGGGUAGGGUAGGGUAGGGUAGAGUAGGGUAGGGUAGGGUAGGGUAGGGUAGGGUAGGGUAGGGUAGGGUAGGGUAGGGUAGGGUAGGAUAGGGUUGGGUAGGAUAUGGUAGGGUAGAGUAAGGUAAAGUAACAUCAUUAUAAUGGAUAGACUUUAAAAUCAAAAUUUAUUUUUGAAAAUUCAGAGACGAAGAGAAAGAAAUCAACCAGAACAUUGAAAGGCCAUACAAACGUGGCCAUGAUAACGAGAAUUCAGAUGUUUCGGCCAAGAAGCUGGCAGUCUAA